AUGUCCAAACUCCUCCAUUCCUUAGCCCUCCUCACAACUUUCCCCCUUGUCCUAUCUCUAUCUCUGCCAGACACAAGUAACACCCUAAACGCCCGCGCCUCAACUUGCACUCCCAAAGCCGGAGGAUCAUCUUCAACCGAUGAUAUACCAGCCAUAACAUCAGCAAUCGCCUCCUGCGGCAACGGAGGCACGAUCGUCAUUCCCUCAGGCUCGACAUACUACCUCAACAGCGUGCUCGAUUUCGCCGGAUGCACUGGCUGUGAGUUUCAAAUCGAGGGCUUAUUGAAAUUUUCCUCGGAUACAGACUACUGGGAGGGUCGAACGGCAAUGAUCAACGUCAACAAUAUCGAUGGGAUCAAAAUUCGCUCUGUAUCAGGAGAUGGGGUCAUUGAUGGCAAUGGACAGGAUGCGUACGACCUCUUUGCUUCAGACAGCAGCUAUGAGCGCCCGACACUCCUGUACAUAACCGGCGGCUCGGACAUCGAAAUCUCAAAUCUGCGACAAAAGAAUCCUCCAAAUGUCUUCAACUCUGUCAAAGGCGGAAGCAGCACCGUGGCAUUCUCGGAUCUGACAAUGGACGCAACAUCCAAAAGCACCAACGCAGCGAAAAACACCGACGGAUUCGACAUCGGUGAGAGUACAGAUGUAACUAUCACAAAUGUUUCCGUCACCAAUGAUGACGACUGUGUCGCGUUUAAACCCGGCGCGGACGGGGUUACUGUGACCGAUAUCACCUGCACUGGCAGCCAUGGACUCUCUGUCGGAUCCCUCGGGAAAAGUUCAGAUGAUACGGUGAAGAAUGUCUACAUCUCCGGUGCAACGAUGAUCAAUUCGACCAAGGCGGUUGGGAUCAAGACGUAUCCCUCUGGCGGGAGUCAUGGGUUAUCAACUGUGACGAAUGUGACAUGGACAAAUGUCCACGUCGAAGGAUGUGAUUACGCGAUUCAGAUCCAAAGCUGCUAUGGAGAGGAUGCGGAUUACUGUGAGGAAUAUCCUGGGGAUGCGGUGCUGACGGAUAUUGUUUUUGAUGGAUUUAGUGGAACGACGAGUGGGAAGUAUGAUGAUGUUACGGGAAAUUUGGAUUGUGGGAAGGAUGGGUCUUGCGGGAUUACUAUCAGUAGCUAUACGGUUGUGGCACCGGAUGGGAAGAAUGAGGUUCUCUGUGCGAAUACUCCGGAAGGUCUUGGAGUUUCUUGUACUUCUGGGGCUUCAGGGUAA